AUGAACGCGAUCGGACAACGUGCGGCUCGCUUUAUUCAUUCAUCCUUGCGAGUGCCUGAGGCAUCUUCAGACCUCACUUGGGCACCGAGCUACCCAUCGUCGCAGGAGACGGACUGCAUCGCAUCUUUCGCUUUCGCCUCAAACCUCACCCCAUCAGAGUUCGUUGCGACUGAGGACUCCUCGCCGGCCUUCAUCUCUUACUCCCCUACUGCGGCGACAAGGAAGCGCCGCCGGAUCUCAGUGUCCACCAAGGAUGUGGUCGGAGCGGACUCACCGCCCGAAUCUCCCCGUAGCGCCGAUGCCCCACGUAUCCCUCGCCCGCCCAACGCGUUCAUCCUCUUCCGCGCAUCGUUCAUUCGCGGCAUCUCUGUCUCUGACGGCGCGUCCCCCGCCGCGAUGCCCUCGUCCUCACACUCGGACACCAGCCUCUCGACGGCGCCAAGCGCUGCUCUUCCGACCGACCUGUCUGCGAUCGCAGGGGCCGCUUGGGCUGCGCUUGGUGCUGACCAGAAGUCGCAGUGGUACGAUAAAGCAAAGGAGGAGCGAGAGAGGCAUCGCGAGCGAUUCCCUGGAUACACCUACACGCCGCGCAAUCGAACUCGAGAGAAAGGCAGGCGGACCUCGUCGAUGUCCGCGGCCUCAUCCUCGUCAUCAGACGGCGCAUCGGGCUCGUCCACGAAGGAGAAACGGAUCAAGAGAGAUAUCCCUCCCACCGACCACGAACGGUGCGCGCACAUUGCCGCUCUGAUCCUGUCCGGUCUUGCAGGCCCCGCACUCGACAGCGCACUGGAGCAAUACGAUCGAGACCGUAAAGCCGAAGCGGAGAAGAGCGGGAAAGGAGUCGUGCUGCGCUGGGCUACCGAGGAGGCAGAGAAAAGGAGUAUGAAGUGUAAAACGAAACCCGAGGCUCCUGUGACCAAGGAGCGCAAGACGGCUACGCCGAAGCGACGAAGAGUCAUGUCUGAGAGCGCCCUGACAUGCAUUGAUUAUGAUUCCAGCUGCUCGUCCUCAAUCGUCUCUCCUCAGUCUGCCGGUGGAUUGUUCGAUAUGUCUACUGCGUUGUUCGACUUCGACUUUGACUCGUCGACUCUCGCCGAUCCAGUCUCACCCACUCUAUCUUAUGCUUCAGCUGUCUCCCGAUCCCCCGCAUCAUCAUGUACCUCGGCGUCCUCGUCUUCUUCCUCACCGGCUCCAGGCACACCUUCCAUGGCGUACUCGUCGCUUGCGGAUGCGACUGGGUACGAUGGGCUGCAGGCCACUUUCCAAUAUAGGGAGGGUGAGCAGAUGAUGUGCCUCAGCGGAGGCCAAUUUGACCUCGAAGCUGCUUUCGAAUCUUGGAACCAGUCUUGUUUCUCCGGAUUCUCGUCCGAGUCUAUGGACCCGUAUGGCCACAGUCUCGCGCCGCCGUUCGAACCGAAUCUUGGGCUCAGUCUAACCGGCUUUGACACUGAGCCUGUAUCAACGGAGUAUCCAGCGGGGAUCGUGUGGUAA